AACAUGUUAACAUUUUUAUUUCACUUACUAAAUUUACUGAACCUAUGUUUACUGAAUCCAUUGAAUCUACUGAACCUAUAUUUACUAAAUCUACUAAACUCACAUUUACUAAAUCCACUAAACCCACAUUUACUAAAUCCACUAAAUCAACCAAACUUAUUGAAUCUAUCGAAUCUACAGAAUCAAAUG